CCGCUGCAGUCCAAUGAGCCGCCGACUGCUGCACGUCGUCGCUGCGCUUCUUGCGGCGGUUGCCGUCGCUGAGAACGCGACGUCGGUCCCGGCGCCGUCAGAUGUGACCAAAGUUCCGACGCCGGAGCCCACGAUGGUGCCGAUAACGUUGGCACCGACUGUUCGACCGACACUGGCGCCGACACUCGCACCGACGCCUGCACCGACGCCUGCGCCGACGCCGGCACCGACACCGGUACCCACUGACGCCCCGACGAUUGCGCCGACGACUGUCGCGCCGACGAUCGCCCCCUCCACCACAUCGGUUCCGAAGACCACGGCGGCGCCUGUGACCGUCGCACCCAAGACAACGGUGCCGCCGACGACGGCCGUGCAGUCGGCUACGGUCGCGCCUGCGCCAACUGCUGCGCCGCAGCCGGUGACGGAUGCGCCGACGCAAGCGCCGGUGACGGAGACCGUGACGCCGACGCCGACCAAGACGACCAAGAAGCCGACAUCGUCGCCCGACACGGCGAACGCCAACAACGGUGCGGCCAACGCCGACGAAUCCAAGACGACGACGAUCCUCGUAAUCGUGGGUAUCGUGGCGGUCGCGGCCAUUGCGGGUGUCUUCAUCGUCUGCGUCGUGCUCCGGAAGAAGACCAAGUACAUGGAAGAAGACAUCAUCUCGCCGCUCAAGCUUACGUACAUCCAGCCGCCGCCGCAGCGCGUGACGUCGCCCCAGCACAGCGCUCUGGACUCGCGUCAGAUGAUGGCCAUGGACACCAACCGCCUCAUGCAGUCGCAAGCGCCUCUCUACUCGCCCAACGCAUAUGCGCAGCAGCAGCAGAUGCAGGUGCCGCAGUACCAGGCCCGGCACGAGUCGCCUCCCGGCUUUGUCUACGGCGAUGCGCACGUGCAGCCGUCGCCGGCGCAGUUUGGCACGUACAGCGAUCAGAUCUCCGAGUCGACGGGGGACCCGCACAGCACAGCGCUCUGGAUGAGUGCGAUGGAGACCGGUCGCACUGACGACCUCAUGAUGUCAGAGCGGCCGACGACCGACAACGUGCUCUGGAAGGACUCGUUCUCGAACGAAUCGUUCACGAGCUCUGUGCGCGAAGACUCGUUUGCGAGCAGCGCGACGUCGAGCCUCAACGACCGCCGGUCAUUAACGCUCUAGUUGCCCACUUAUUAACUAUUGAUUGCUUCCAAUAACUACAAGCCUUUCGCCUUGUGAUGAUGGCACCGC